CUGUAGCUGGAGCAUCUUCCUAUGUUGUGUAAAUGUUGAUGAAGCCCUUUUCUGAACCAGCUUAGGAGGCUUAGGCCUCGUAGAGCCUAUGACAUGGAAGCUUUGGAAGUGGAUGACAUCAGCCCAGCCUUGGAAGUUACUGAGGAUUUCUUUAGUUCUUUCGAUAAUAAAUUAGAAAAGGCUGUACAGCAAGCAGAAGUUUUUGGGAUCCAGGAAGUCCCUGAACUGGUGGGACACGAAGUAUUCAGUCACAUACCAGAUAAUGGUGCUAUCAGAAAUGUUGCCUCCCUGAACAAAGGGGGUAUGAUUUGGGACCAUUGUAACAGCAGGCUCUUAGAAACCAAAGCUCAACAUGUCUUCCCUGCCAAAGAACAGUUUAUGGUCCAGAGAGGGACAACUCCAGAUAACCUGUCCUGGAUGGAACAAAAGGAAGCAUCAACCUUUAAUUUUUUCAACAUUUGCCAGCGCCGGAGAGACAGACCUCGUUCUGUGAAUGACUUAUUGGAUGAGACCUCUACUUUCAAGCCAGGGCACACCCGAUCAAGGUCAGAUAUUACUCAAGUGGACUGGAGGCUAGUCCUCAAAACCAUGCCUUUGCAGCAGCAGCAGCAGCAACCACCACCACCAUCUCUUCAGGGCCCUCACUUCACCAGGCCGUCUUUUCUGUCACCUUCACCAAAUAAGGUAGAAGAUGCUCAAGGAAAUACUGAGCACAAGCAGACAUUCCCAAACCUUCUGAAGAAGGGCUACCUGGAGGUUAGAAAGGACCAUGACAGUUACUGGCAAAGCUGUUGUGCUGAGCUAUCACCCUACAACUUAAACUUCUACAACCUCGACAGCAGUGGGAACCAAAACCUCUGUGCCACCUACCAGCUUUCGCACUUCCAGAGCAUAUCUGUUUUGGGCAACCUUGAGGCCAGGAUGGUGGAUGCUGUCUUGUAUGACAACACUCAGCUCCAGCUAAGGGCAGAGUCACCAUGGGAGGCUUUGGACUGGGGACAGAAGCUCUGGGAAGUUGUGCAUACCUCCAGGCCAGGUUAUGUGGCACGGCAGGAUGAUCUGGCAAACUCACCAGGCUUUGGUCAGAAUGUUGACUGUACACAGAAUCAUUGUUUACAGAAGAAAUCCAGUGAGCUGCUGCUGUCUUCCCCUGUCUUGGAUAGCCCCAAGCAGUACCAAAAUAUCCUCAAAUCAGGGACGCUCUACAGGCUAACUGUCCAAAACAACUGGAAGGCGUUUACCUUUGUGUUGAGCAGAGCCUACCUUAUGGCUUUCCAGCCCGGCAAGCUGGACGAGGACCCCCUGCUGAGCUACAAUGUGGAUGUGUGUCUGGCUGUUCAGAUGGACAAUCUGGAUGACUGCGACUCUUGCUUUCAAGUCAUUUUCCCCCAAGACGUGCUCCGCCUCCGAGCUGAGACCUGGCAGAGGGCUCAGGAGUGGAUGGAGGCUCUGAAGACAGCUGCCAACAUGGCAAGGAGUUCAGAGCAAAACCUCCAAGUCACAUUGAGGAACAAAUCCAAGGAUCCAGUGGGUGGGCCGGAGCUCAGGGAGAACAAACGCCAGUCCGUGACCACCAGCUUCCUGAGCAUUCUGACGACUCUGUCUUUGGAGCGAGGCCUCACUGCUCAGAGUUUCAAAUGUGCAGGUUGCCAGAGAUCCAUAGGCCUUUCCAACGGGAAAGCAAAUGUGUGUAAUUACAGUGGGUGGUACUACUGCAGCAGCUGCCAUGUCGACGACAGUUUUCUUAUCCCGGCCCGCAUAGUCCACAACUGGGAUACUUCCAAAUACAAGGUGUCUAAGCAGGCCAAAGAGUUUCUGGAGUAUGUAUACGAGGAGCCUUUGAUUGACAUUCAGCAGGAGAACCCUAUGCUGUACCUGCACGCUGAGCCGCUGGCUGCUGUGGUACGCCUGCGGCAGCGGCUAAAAUCACUCCGAGCCUAUUUGUUCAGCUGCCGGGCAGCAGUGGCUGAGGAUCUGCGUCGAAGAAUUUUCCCCAGAGAGUACCUCCUUCAACACAUCCACCUGUAUUCCCUUGCUGACCUGCAGCAGGUGAUAGAGGGAAAGCUGGCUCCAUUCUUGGGCAAGGUUAUUAAAUUUGCCACCUCACACGUGUACAGCUGCAGUCUGUGUAGCCAGAAGGGGUUCAUCUGCGAAAUCUGUAACAAUGGCGAGAUCCUCUACCCCUUUGAGGAUAUUUCAACAAGCAGGUGUGAAAGCUGUGGAGCUGUUUUCCAUUCUGAAUGCAAAGAAAAGUCUGUCCCCUGCCCGAGGUGUGUCCGCCGAGAACUGCAGAAGAAGCAGAAGUCUUUCUGGCGGCGGCUGAACAUGGACGAGAGUCUGGAGGAGGCUUGCAACAUGUUUGAGCUGUCUUACCAGAACACCUGACCAGGCAGGACCCCCAGCCAGAGAUUCACUUAAUGAUGAUUCAUCCUCCCUGAGUGGUUCCUAACUAGCCACUUAGA